AUUAUUAUAUAUUAACUUGCAUUCGAUUCUCUCGGCCUUUGGGUGAAACGCAUCUGCGCCUUCCUGGUGCGAGCCCUUGCCGCAGAUUCAGCUCCGCUAUUCCGGAGAGUAUUCUCCAGAGCACCGGAUCAACGCGUAACGUUCUGUCAAAGCAGCUCGCAUUUUUUAAAAUUUAUUUUUAUCUCAUUUUUUUGACAGGAAAAUGUACAAGACCGUACGCAAAGGAGAUGCAAGUCUCCAGUACACGAUUCUACCGCAAACGGAGCAAUUUUUUGACAAUGGACCUCCAAUUGCACCACCACCAUCGCCCUCAGCACGUGAUAAUUGUCUGUGGAGUGUUUAUAAAUAUUUUGUUACCGCAACGGUAAUAAUAUACAAGCUUGUUAUUCCCGCUGUUAUUGUCGGCAUGUGCAUCUGGACUAUCGUUACUAUUUUGAGUGAAACUUAUGCAUCCAAUGGUGCCAGUUACGAUGAUGAUGAUUAUAUUGAUGUUGAUGAUGAUCACACCGUCUCUCAAUUGAUUGCCAAUACUAUUAGUAACGAUAAUAAUAAUAAUAAUAAUAAUAUUGUUGGUGUCAAUGAUGACGUUAACAAUUUUACUGAAUUUAUCACUCAAACAGUCGAAACUUUUAUAAACGAUGAGACUACUGUUGAUAAUUAUACAAGUACAGAUGAGUUAGUGACAGAAGUAACAGCAACAGAAGAAAUGAAUAUUGAAGUAGAAUCAACGUCGCUGUUAUUAUCAACAUUGAUUGAGACAUCAUCAAUCUCGGAAACAUCGAGCUCUAAAAUAAAACUUGAGACUCAAGAGUUCACUGACCCCACGAUAACAACAAUGCCGACAACUUCCGUAAGCUCGACGAGUGGUUAUAAAAAAGCUAAGAUGCCACGUGUUACUCUUAAACUCCGGGAGAAUGAAACAAUACCGCAGAUGUACAUGAAAGCCGGGAUUGCGUCGUACAAAAAAGGAAAUAUUACAACAAGUGUACUUGCACAUGGUCUCAGUCUCGAGGGGUUGAUAUUCAAGACACCUGAGGGUACCAUUAAGCCGUGGAAAGACAAAUGGCCUUUUGGCGAGUCCUCACUCUACAAAGAUUACAGCCAGUGGAAGAAAAUAAGCGAAUUUCAUCAGCAGAUAUUUGCGAUUUUGGUGACACUGAUGGCAAUAUCAAUUUUAAUAUUCUGCAUACUGACUGUAGUGCAGCUUAAGGCUCAUCGUCGUAAAUGUCAGAAUGUUGAAGAGCCACUUUUGGAUGAAAAGCAAGAUGAGGAGGAAGUAGAUCAUAGAUCGAAGCUACUUGACUCAGAAACCAAAGAUGAUACUGACUAAGGGAUUAUUUAUUAUUAUUCCCUCUUUUUUUUUCAUUUACUUGAUAUUAAAUUUAUAUUGAUGGUGAAUUUACUUAACGAUCAGUUUUUUUUUGUAUUUAUUAAUGAAGAAAUUACGGCUUUCCUGAUCUCUUUAAUUAAAAGAAUAUUCUACACUUCGCAUAAGUGGAUAUCAAUUCGAUUUACGCACUGCGAUACCACUGAGUUUAUAAUUUAAAUUUAAAAAUAAUUAUCGUGGAGGGUAUUUUCGCGUUUCGACAAUUAAAAUAAAUCUUUGAGUAUAAAGAUUUAAAAGAAUAUUAAUAAUUAAAUAUUUAAGUGUCGUAAAUAUUAAGAUAAUGUAUUUAAAUAAAUCGCAUGGUAAAGUAUUGACAAGUUUUAUGAUACUGAGAGUAAUAAAAAAUAAUCAGAGGGCAAUUGUGCAAUUUGUGACGUUGAGUUAAAUCACAAUACGACUGAAGAAAUUAUUAUUUAAAUAAAA